AUGGGCGGUCUGAACUUGGAAGUGUUCAAGUUCGGCUUGUACGUCAUGUUCCCCAUCGGCAUCAUGUAUUACUUCGGCACGAAUCUCGACGACCGCUUCUCAGUGCCGAAUUUCUGGCCGAGGCCCGAAGAGUGCAACAAAAUUCCGCGCGACAGGGACGAGGUCAAGGCCGAGUACGAACGCAUCGUUGCGCGACAGAGGUUUCGACAGGCCCAGCUUCAGGAGGAGCAGCGCCAACGUACUCUGCUACGCGGAGGCCAGAAUAACAGAAGUGACUCCUGA